CGAAAAAUUUUUCGAUGGAAGCGGUUCUGUCAGCGGAAAAGUGAAUUAUAGCAGAGCCUGCCUGAAAAACUCAAGAAAAACACAUCAAAGAAAUAGCAGCUCUCAGCUAAAUAAUAACAAACACAAUACUUUCUGCUCAGUCACCGCAAACUGAAAUAAUCACUUUUCUGCAAAACGGCGUCAUCAAAAAAGUUUUUGCCUACAACUCUAUAAACGCGGAAAAAUUUGUCAAAAAUACAACUAAAAGAAAAACAACAACGCGAGUGCACGUGUAUGUGAGAGGUGCUCAGUAAGAGUGUUUGCGUGUGUUCGUUUCUGUGUGUGACAGAUAAUAAAAGGAGAAAAAAAGAAGUUGUCGAAAGUCGUUCGUGAAAAUUAGUGCAAGCGCUGCAGGGAAAUUGUCCGGAAAAAUCGCAAAAUCCAUUGUUUUUAGCCGGCAUCUUAAUGACGUCACGUCGUGCCGCAAAAAACCAACGAUAACAACAGCUUCUGCAACAACGCGCGUGUUUAGUUUACACACACACCACGCCGCGUCGAGAAAAAAAGUUAAAAAUACAUUUUCAAUUCACCAUCGGCGUAAAAGUAAAACAAUAAACAAAUACAAGAAAAUAAAACAGCAGCCGCUUUUUUACCCAACAACAAUUUCAACAACUUCAACUUUGCCAGCAGCAACAACAACAAGUCAGCUGGACAACCGAAGAUAAUGUAAACUCAGCUUACACACAAAAAAGCAGUAAAAUAUAAAAUACAAAAAUUAACAGCUGCGUUUAUCUAUAGAUAUAUAUACACACACAUCUAUAUAUUUGAAUAAGCCUUCGAUUUGAAUCAAAAUUAUAGCCCAAGCUAUCAGCUACCCCCACAAGCUUUGUACUCCACAAAAACGCUAACGAGCAAAAUCGAUAAAGACCAGAAAGCAAAUGAAAUCAUACCAUCUGCCAUAGAUCUAUGCUAUAAACAUAUAUAGGUGCGCUGAUCUGUGCUCUUCAAUUUAGUGUUUUUUGUGUGUGCGUGUCGCGAGAGGAGCACCCAAAACCAAACAAAAAACGUAUAGUAAAACAAUAAGAAGCAAAAAAAAAAACAUUAUCUAGUCGCUAGGCUAUAACUAUACAAACUCCAACUAUCCCAGAUCCAGAUCCGUAAACAGCAUAUAGUUAUAUAUCUAUAACCCCAAAAUACGAUGGCCAACGUUGUCAAUAUGAACAGCCUGCUCAACGGCAAGGACUCGCGCUGGCUGCAAUUGGAGGUCUGUCGCGAGUUCCAGCGCAACAAAUGCUCGCGCCAGGACACCGAGUGCAAGUUCGCCCAUCCCCCGGCCAACGUGGAGGUCCAGAACGGCAAGGUCACCGCCUGCUACGACAGCAUCAAGGGCCGCUGUAAUCGUGAUAAACCGCCGUGCAAAUACUUUCAUCCACCACAGCAUCUGAAGGAUCAGUUAUUGAUAAAUGGACGCAAUCAUUUGGCCCUCAAGAAUGCACUGAUGCAACAGAUGGGCAUCGCGCCCGGCCAACCGGUCAUAUCGGGCCAAGUGCCAGCCGUGGCAACAAACCCCUAUCUGACCGGCAUUCCGGCCAACUCGUACAGUCCGUACUACACAACGGGACACCUGGUGCCCGCCUUGCUGGGUCCGGAUCCCGUGACCUCCCAACUGGGACCCGUGGUGCCCCAAACAGUGCAGGUGGCACAGCAGAAAAUACCACGUUCCGACAGAUUAGAGGUGUGCCGCGAAUUCCUGCGCGGCGCCUGCAAACGGGCGGAAUCCGAGUGCCGGUUCGCCCAUCCGCAGGAGAGCGUCGCCAGGCACGACGACGGCUCGAUAACGGUUUGCAUGGACGCCGUGAAGGGCAGGUGCGCACGCGACCCCUGCCGCUACUUCCAUCCCCCCCUGCACCUACAGGCACAAUUAAAAGCGGCCCAAACACGCGCCACCGCUGUCGCUGCUGCAGCUGCGACCUCACCUCUUGCGGCACACCAUCACCAGCAACAACAACAAUUGCAACACCAGCUGAACAACAUCAACAACAACAACAACCACAGCACCGCUGGCGCAGCAGCCACCUCGACAACCGCAACAACAACCACAAACAACGCCGCUGCCGCCGCCGCCGCUGCUGCCGCCGCCGCUGCCGCCGCUGUCAUGGGCCAUCACACACUGGAAGUGGGCAAGAAGCGGGCGGCGGACACGACCGACAUGUUUCCACUGAUGGAUGUUAAAACGGUUGGUUCAUUUUACUAUGACAACUUCCAAUUCUCUGGCAUGGUACCGUUCAAACGUCCAGCUGCCGAAAAGUCUGGCAUUCCAGUUUAUCAGCCCGGUGCGACCGCCUAUCAGCAGCUAAUGCAGCCCUACGUGCCAGUCUCAUGUGAGUAUCCCCAACAACAACAACCACCACCACAACAACAACAACAACAUCAACAACAAAAUGUACUACUACAACAACAACAACUACAAUUAAGUAGCGUCAUAACAACAACAAGUACAACAGCAACAGCCAGUAACAAUAUGAUUAAUAAUAAUAUUAAUAAUAAAGGUAUCAUAAACGCUGUUAUGGCUUCUACCAAUAUAACAUCAGCAACAACAACAGCAUCAUCAUUACUAUCAGCGUUGGCCGCACCACCAACAACAACAACAGCCAUUACUAAUCAUAACGAUAGUGAUAACGAUUCCGAUCGCUAUCAAGACCAUGACAAAAAUCACGAUAGUACUGCUGAUGGUGAAGCUGAUAAUGCCGAUCGCAACGAUGCCAUUGAUCAAGCCAGCAAUCAAGACAAUAGUGACCAAGUGAAUCUGAAUCAGAAUCAGCAAAAUUCAAGUCCCGCUAAAGAUUGUAAUACAACACGAACAAUCUCACCAAACUCCCAAGACACAGCAGCUACAGCUGCCACUGCAACAGAAACAGACACACUAGAUACAGAAUCUGCAGCAGCAGCAGCAACAUCUGCCACGCACCCCCCUGGCGAUACACCGCCCCCUUGCCCCCGUUCGCCACAAGGCGAUAGUCUUCUGCCCUUGCCCAAUGGCCUGGGCGACAAUAACAAUUACUUGUCCUAUAUCAAUAACAAUCUGAACAAUGGUCAGCUCAAGUCGGCUAAUCCCGAAGAAUUGAACGGUGGCGACUUGGAGAGUAGCAGCAAUAACGCAACAGCCGCAGUCGCAGCAGCAGCAGCAUCACGCAACUAUGCCAAGCAGAAUGGCGAGGGAUACUCGAGGUAUAUGGUUAAUGGUCAUAGCACUGGCAUUCUGCCAACACCCACAACUUCUGCUCCGGCAGUUUCCUAUCAGGCUCAGGCACAAGCCCAGGCUCAAGCCCAGGCCCAAGCUCAGGUUCAGGCCCAAGCACAGGCCCAAGCUCAGGCUCAGACUCAGCAGCGCCUCAACUAUGCCAUGUCCGCCUAUGGUAAUCUGUACUCCCACUACGGAGCAACCACCUCUGCCAUGGUGAGUCUGCCCAGCAGCACUCCCUCCUACGCCCAGGCUCAAAUGCAGCAGCAGCAACAGGUUCAGGCCCAAGCUCAGGCCCAGGCUCAAGCCCAGGCUGCCUAUGCCCAGCAGGCCUACGCCGCCUAUGCUGCAGCAGCCGGUUUGGCACCUCAGGCCACCGCUACAGGUGGCUACUACGCCGAUCCGGCUGCCCUGGCCAAGGAGGUGGCCCAGAAGAACUACGCCAUGAAGGUGGCCAGUGCGGGCUCAAAGCCGGGUGUCUCCUCGGCAGCCGCUGCCUACACCGGCCUGACACUCAACAAGAGCUAUGUGGCCGCAGCAGCUGGUGCACAGCCUGUUCAGGCCGCCCAUCAUCAAGCCGUUUCCAUGGCAACACUACUGCAAAUGCAGGCUCAGGCCCAGGCGCAGGCGGCACAAGUCCAGGCCCAAGCUCAGGCUCAAGCUCAAGCUCAGGCCCAGGCCCAGGCUCAGGCCCAAAUGCGCCAGUUGGGUUCCCUGCCCAGUUCAGGUCUAGCGACUCCUGUGCCCGGUACCCCACUGCGUGCCGCAGUCGGUGCCAGUCAGUAUCAAUCGGCUACCCUAUUGAGAGCACCCUCACCCAUGCCAUAUGCGCAGGCACAGAGCUACUUCUACCCCGGAAUGAUGCCCACCGCACCCUAUGCCAUGCCACAAACUCAGGCCGCUGCUGCUCAGCAAUAUGCAGCUGCUGCAGCAGCAGCAGCCGCUCAGGCGGGAACACCAGGCAGUGCCAUGGUCCUAAAUCCCUACAAAAAGAUGAAGACCUCCUAAGAAUCCGGGCGAUAACAAUCUGAAAGUCCAAACACAACUGUACUUAAUGCACCAAGCCAUCGAACAGAUGGAAAAGUCACACCAUUUUAGAUUUAUAGAUAUAAACACAUCGAAGACGUAAGAAUAUGUGCCUCAGUUUUCUUUGAAAGGACAUGUAGAGAGAAACAUUUAGAUCUUAGUUUUACCAUAGGCCUCAUAGCGUUACGAAACCGAACCAUGACACGAUAACUAAAAUCAGACAGACAGCGAGACAGAUCGAAGAUCAAUGCUUACUAACCCAAAUGCCCAAAACUUGCUGACACGAAUCGAUUAUUUGCCAUUAAGUUAUUUAACAAACGAAACAUAACCUCACUGUGACUCAAGUGUUGCCAUUUUCGCAAAUGAAUCGAAAUCAGAGCUUUUAAAGCACAAGCGAACGGAAGAGAAACAGAUGUUAGAUGAUAGUAAUACUUAAGUUCCUUUUUGGAUAGCUCUUAGUUAACUCUAGUUUAUAGGAAACGGUCACACAAAACGGAUAGAAAAAACUUAAAACGGGGGCGGGCCAGAGAAAGAAACGAAGAACUGUGAUAGCUAAAAAGCUUUGAGGGAUCAAAAACAUUAAGCCAGAAAGGAGUUCAAAAAAGGAUAAACCUCUAAUGCUGCUGCCGAUGCUGGGUACAGUUGUGUAUGCUUGUUGCUAGCUGCGGGUGCUUAAUGCCAUAUUGCCGUCCCUGUCUCCCAGCUGCGGUAGUUCGAAUAGCUGUCUUUCUCUCGCCCCCGCCCAUCAUUCAUUUUUCGCGCUCUCUCUCUCUCUCUAUCUAACUCCCUAUCGCUGUUUCUUAAUGUUUCCUAACUAGCUAGAUAGCUAGCGUGAAUGCUGUUGUAAUUGUUUAAAAUUGUUGAGCAACGAUUAUUGCGUAACGAAUAUUGUCUAGAUUAUAUAGAAUACUUAUACGAUAUACAAAUACAUAUAAACCUAGCUGUACGUGCUGUAUGCUGCUACCCAUAUUCGAUACAAUAUAUACACCCACACUAUGUACUCUAACACACGCUCAUCCCCCACUAGUACACAAAAGAAAAAAGGCAUUAUAAUGACCAGGAUCAAUCUGUAAAUCGUAUGUCUAGCUUACUAAUCAGAUAUUACAGUACAGUCACCACUCACGAUCACGUCUCUCUAUCUGUUUCACUCACACACCAGAUACCCAUACACUUUUUCAGACUGUUAAGCCAGCAAAAUUAAUUUAUGUUAAUGUUAUGUUAUUGAGAUUUAAAUUUGAUGUGUUGACCAGAACUAUGUAAACCCUUUUGAUUUUCAACGACUCUCUCCAUAUCCUGAUUUCAUUCUUCACUUGUCUCUUAACAACUAUCACCCACUCUAUCGAUGUAUUAUAAAUGUUUUCCUUUUUGUAAUGGAAUUGUUAACAAAAAUAAUAAAAUCAUUGACAAACAGAACUAAGUUUUUAAUGUUAGAUCUCGUGUGAUUAUCAGUUAAUUGCUUUACGUUCUUUUCUAUAUAAUUUGUAUGUUGAUAUUUAUGUAUUUUUUGUACUUAUAUACCAGUUUUUAGUGUAGGUUUUAUAUAAUUUUUAAAGUGUGUUCCCGAUUGAAAAAUAUUUGAGAAGAACCUCCAAGAUAAAUUUGCCACUGACUUGCGCACCUUAAGUUUUAGUCUCCCCGCCUACACCCCGCAACCGCUAAAACUCUUCAUCCGAAAUCAUCCUCCACACAUUAUUAUUGGAUAUAUACGAUAAUCUGUGUAAAAUUGUUUUAAAUGAAAGUACUUCUAAUGUCUUACAACGAUUUGAUGUUUGCCACUAAUUCUUAUCCUAAUUCUAAUCCUAAUUCUAGUUUAGUUUCGAUAGUUUUUAUUAAUGUUUUAUUUAAAAUACCGUGUGUUUUUCUAAAUAUAUAGUUUACGAAAAAAAAACAAAUAUAUAAAUAUCUUAUUGUGUGUUGGAAUUUUACUUUAUUUUACUUACUUAUUCGGUAUUCACUUGAUAUAUGUUUCCGUUGUGCCGCUUUUACAUCUCACCUCUGACUUAAAUGUACUCCUUUGAUAUAUAGACAUAUCAAAUACCGAUAUCCAUAAAAACACAAGCUUUGCCGAGCGCUUUUGGGCAGAGCAGCACUCUAUCUCUAUAAAUCACCUUAAACCCAUACCCCCCUAGCUUGUCAAUUUUUUAAUUUAAUAUAAAAAUUAAGAUUAUUACUUUCAUUCGAGCAUUCCUCGCAGUCUUCUUCACACAGACACACACACAUUUUAGGACUGCCUGACUCCCUUACCUUGGUCUGCUUCCCCUCUUAUUGCUUUCCACCAAGAAAAAGAUCUUUUUCCCUCCGUAAAUCCAUUUAACCUAUAUAUGUUUUAGCUCUUAGAAUAAUGGCAAGCAAAAUGAGUACGCUAACGGUAGUAAACUAGUUGUAAAAUCUGAAUAUACCAUUUAUCUAAAUAUACCUAUCUGCCUAUGGCCAAACAAAUGCUUGGCUUACUCUAUACAUACUCGUUAAGAAAUAAGCUUACUAAACAUGGCAGCAGAAUACAAUAUUGAUUCAACGUAUACCUAUAUAUAUAAUAAUACGUAUAACAAGCUACACCAGAUUAAAGUAUACCUACAUAUAUUCAUCAUAUAUCUCAAUGUCUUGCCUAAAAGUAUGGAAACAUUAUCUUUAUGUGUCGUAUGGUUAAUUUUUUCGUUAUCAACGUAGAACUGUUGCCGUUGACCCAUAAUUUCAGCAAGAGAAAACUUAGCGAAAAUGUUCAGAAAACGCUCUCAAAGUAACUAAGAACUAAAGCAAAAAAAAAAAAAACAAAAACUUAAAGCAAACCAAAACACGACUCACCACUGCAUGGCGCCAAGAUAUAAUUAAAUUGCAUUUAAGACCUAAGAGCUCAUAUUUUAUUCCGCUUUUUCAACUUUUGCAAUGCACCAAAAACACAGCAACAGACAAAAAACAAUAUGUUAACAUUACCGAGCAAACAAUAUAGUAAUGAAUUGUCAGUUGACACUAGGAUAACAAUGAGUUAGGCUGAUUUAAGUAUACAAAGGAAAGAAAUGAAAUAUAACCACUUAGAAAACCACAGUCCAUUCCAAUAUAGUUAAUUGGGUUUUCAGGCCUUGUUCAAUAAAUAGAAGUACAGUACCGUCCAAUAGAAACUAUAGUUUAGUGAAUUCCACAAGUUGCCUCCUUUUAAUUUGUAGCCAAACCACCAAAAGUCUCACACACAUUACACUGAGAGAAACCAAUUAAAAUUGGGAUUUCAUUUCGUGCUUACUACCAUCGACGAUAGGUAAGCGAAAAGUAUGGCAUGUCAAAUAAGAGAGUUGGUAACAGUGCAAGAAUGUCCAAGCUAAAAUUAUUCAUAACAUUUAAAUAUAUAUGUCGAAAUAUACACACAUCUAUACACAAGCAAACACACUACUGAAUAUGUUAUAUCUGUGCUAACAUUAGUCGUAUUAUUAUUAUAAAGACAAACAAAUUAUAUUGAAAUUAUAUUAUAUACGUUUUAUUGUAAAAACCGUAAAA